CCAUAGAUAUCAGACAGGGUUAUGCUAGUGGUAGCCCUUUCUCUUUUGCUUAUCCUCCCUUCAUAUCUUCUGGUUCCAGCUACCCUUCUCGCUCCUCUCCGAGACAAACCAACAGUCAAGUGGCCAGCGGCGGUUUACAGAGUCUCAUUGCACAGACUACGUAGCACCCAGAUACAGCAGGUGAAUGGUGAACUGGACGGAUCCCGAAGUCGUCUCGCAAUGCGGCAUUAUUGUAGAACACAUUAAUUUUCUGUGCCUCGGUCUGUACACGUGGGAGUACUCAAGAUCAUGGCAAGUUGAACUUGCUCUGAUUUGCAGACGCAUACAGCUCCGAUGGCCUCUACUGCCGUAUAUCACUGGUCGUCUUCUUCUGCUGACGUCCAUGAUUAUGAUUUGCUGGCUCAGCAGUCCGACCCCACAGAGCGUGGAUUGCCACAGCGCUUUUUUGGCCUUUGUUUUUGCAGGAAAUGCAUCCAUUGGUUGCUCUUCUUUGAACCUAAUGGUACGGCCAUUCGUAAUCUGGAGAGCGUUCAAAUACAUCCGUAUAUUUCUGGUAUUAGCCACGGUUGGCCAUUGGAUCAUGCUGCUACGGGUAAUGGUCGAUUUCUCCGUCAUGGAAGUGGACGGUAGCUGUGGCUUCAUGGUCAUUGACCAUACUUAUAUGACCAGUAUAUUUGUCUACACGAUGUGUUAUGAUAUCCUGGCGCUUGCUUUGACUAUAAUCGGCCUUCGGAAUACGCCAUCGUCUAGUGCAAUGUGGAAAAUAUUGCGCAAACAGGGGAUAGCAUACGUCUUGGUCACAUGCUUCGUAAAUAUCAUACCAUCUGUCGUGGCUUCGUUGAAUCUGAAUGCUGCCAUGAACGUUGUAUUUGCAAUGCCGGCAUCUGUCGUCAGCACUAUCGCAUCGAGUCGAAUAGUUGUUGCCUUCCUGGACGCACAGUCGAGCGCCUCCACGGAAGAGACAAGUAGUCGAGGUGUGCCACUUACCACCAUGCUGACACUGCCCACUUCAUCCCAUAUGGAUGCCCAAGACUCUGUAUGAUGUUUGGGACAAAAUCGAUCCGUCAGCCCCUGAUGACAAACUUGGGGGAGCGUAUUUGGAUUCCUUGACAACGAUAUAGUAUGGCCUUCACAGAGCUAGCCACGCACACACCGGGU